AACUGAUCAAUUUGUAUUCAGUUCUUACAUUACAAAUUGGUGAAUCAAUACUAGAUUAUCCAUUAAUCUGUCCAAACCUUAUAGAUUGACUAACUCUACAUUCUGUUUUUUCUUGCCAAAAUCCAACUCCUCUUUGUCCUGUUUCUCCUCUGACUUUGAACGUUUCUUUUUAUUACUUGAUAACCAAGUUCCGUCCCGCUUCAAUCAUCGUGUUCAAAUUUAUCUUUGCUUCAGUUUCUCAUCAUCUUUAACCUUCAAGAUUUUCAGAACUUCUGAUAAAAGAUUUUAUAUAUAUAUUUCCUUCAUUUCUUGAUUCGGGUUCUCUUCUGUCUUGUACAAGCUUUCUGCUCUCCAUUGAUCUUUCUAAUUCUUUGUUCUUUCACCUAAGGAUAAGGAGAUUUUUCAAAAAAAACCCAUGUCAACAAAAGUUGAGGCUUGUUUCAAUCUCGUGAUGAAUCUCAACAAACUCAGCAAAAACCAGAAAAAAUGGCGCUCUGCCUUUGUCAAAAUCUAUUGUUCAAGGGCAUUUGAAAAUGUUCUGCACCGACCAAAGAAAAAGAUCUCACCACCUUCAUCUGAUAGGAUUAUACUCAACAUCGACAAAGAAGAAAGGUCCAGUUUUUACAAUGUUGAUGAAGCCAGUCUCACAAAGCUUGUCAAGGAGAAGAAUAUCAGCCAUGUUACUGAACUUGGCGGGGUUCAAAGUAUUGCUGAUUGUCUAAAUGUUAGUAUUAGUCAAGGUAUAAAUGGUGAAAAUGGCGAAGAAGUUUUGCGAAGAAUCGAAGCGUUUGGAAGUAAUACAUACGUUAAGCCAGCUCCAAAGGGAUUUUUCCAUUUUGUUUGGGAAGCAUUUCAGGAUCUUACGAUUGUUAUUCUCAUGAUCUGUGCUGGAAUUUCUCUUGGUUUUGGGAUUAAAGUUCAUGGACCCAAAGAAGGAUGGUAUGACGGUGGUAGCAUUUUUGUUGCUGUUUUCCUUGUCAUCUUUGUUUCUGCUAUUAGCAAUUUCAGGCAGAGCAGGCAAUUUGAGAAGCUUUCCAAACUAAGCAGCAACAUUCCAGUUGAAGUUGUGAGACAUGGAAGGAGGCAACAGAUUUCGAUCUUUGAAAUCGUAGUUGGAGAUGUUGUUUGCUUGAAGAUUGGUGAUCAAGUUCCUGCUGAUGGAUUAUUCAUAGAUGGGCAUUCAUUGCGCAUUGAUGAAUCGAGUAUGACUGGAGAAAGCGAUCACGUUGAGAUCAAUCAUAGUCGAAAUCCUUUCUUGAUUUCGGGUACCAAAGUUGCUGAUGGUUAUGGUCAAAUGCUUGUUACAUCUGUUGGGAUGAACACAACUUGGGGUGAGAUGAUGAGCUCAGUCAGCGGCGAUUCUGAUGAGAAGACGCCGCUUCAAGAGCGUCUGAACAAGCUGACCUCGGCGAUUGGUAAAGUUGGUUUAGCAGUUGCUUUCUUUGUUCUUGUGGUGUUAUUAGUACGGUAUUUCACAGGGCACACAAAAGAUGAAAGCGGAAAUAAAGAGUACAACGGCAGCAAGACAAAAUUCGAUGAUGUGAUGAAUGCAGUUGUGAGGAUUAUAGCUGCAGCAGUAACCAUUGUGGUUGUUGCAAUUCCAGAAGGUCUUCCAUUGGCUGUAACACUUACACUUGCUUAUUCAAUGAAGAGAAUGAUGGCUGAUCAGGCAAUGGUGAGGAAACUCUCGGCUUGCGAAACAAUGGGAUCUGCAACAACAAUUUGUACCGACAAAACAGGUACUCUUACUUUAAACAGAAUGACUGUAACCAAAUUUUGGUUGGGAAAAGAUUCUGUUGAAGAAAGCGGCUACAGCCAUAUCGCAGUCAAUGUUCUUAAACUCCUCCAACAGGCUGUUGGGUUGAACACAACAGGUUCUGCUUUUAGGUCUAAAACUGGCUUUGAGUUUUCAGGAAGUCCAACUGAAAAGGCAAUUCUUUCUUGGGCUGCCUCGCAUUUGGAUAUGGAUAUGGAGAGACUAAAAGAGAAAUACCCUAUUCUUCAAGUUGAAACUUUCAAUUCAGAGAAGAAAAGAAGCGGCGUCUUGAUAAGGAAGAAUGAUGAUAACUCGGUCCAUGUCCACUGGAAAGGAGCUGCUGAAAUGAUACUAGCAAUGUGCUCACAUUACUACAAUGCUGAGGGUGAAGUUUCUGUUCUUCAUCAGUUCGAGAGAAAGCAAUUUGAGGAGAUUAUUCAUGGGAUGGCUGCCAGCAGUCUGCGAUGCAUUGGAUUUGCGCACAGGCAGAUUUCAGAAGCCGACAAUGACCAUGGAGAAAUAGAGCAAACAAUGCAAGACAAAAAUCUCAUCUUUUUGGGGAUUGUAGGGCUAAAAGAUCCAUGUCGCCCCGGUGUGAAGAAAGCUGUGGAAGAUUGUCAAAAUGCUGGUGUCAAGAUUAAAAUGAUCACUGGCGACAAUGUCUUCACUGCAAGAGCAAUCGCGACAGAAUGUGGAAUACUUCAGCCCAAUGAUAAAGCUGAUGAUAGAUUAGUAGUGGAAGGUGUGGAAUUUCGCAACUACUCAGAUGAAGAAAGAAUGGCGAAAGUGGACAAGAUUGUUGUCAUGGCGAGAUCAUCUCCCUUCGACAAGCUUCUCAUGGUGAAAUGUUUAAGAGAGAAAGGUCAAGUUGUAGCAGUAACAGGAGAUGGAACAAAUGAUGCACCAGCCCUAAAAGAAGCAGAUAUCGGACUUUCUAUGGGAAUUCAAGGCACUGAAGUAGCCAAAGAGAGUUCAGAUAUUGUCAUUAUGGAUGACAAUUUUGCAUCAGUUGCAACAGUCCUGAGAUGGGGAAGAUGUGUCUACAACAACAUCCAAAAAUUCAUUCAGUUUCAGCUAACUGUUAAUGUUGCAGCCCUCGUAAUCAAUUUUGUAGCAGCAAUUUCAGCAGGAGAAGUUCCAUUAACAGCAGUACAACUCCUGUGGGUAAAUCUCAUCAUGGAUACUUUAGGUGCAUUAGCAUUGGCAACAGAAAGGCCAACAAAAGAGCUCAUGGACAAGCCUCCAGUCGGCCGCACUCAACCUCUCAUCACAAACAUCAUGUGGAGGAAUUUACUAGCUCAGGCCUUAUACCAGAUUACCAUUCUCUUGACUCUACAGUUCAGAGGCGAGUCGAUUUUUGGCAUUAACAAGAAGGUGAACGAGACGUUGAUAUUCAAUACAUUUGUGCUUUGCCAAGUGUUCAAUGAGUUCAAUGCAAGGAAGCUUGAGAAGAAGAAUGUUUUUGAAGGGGUGCACAAGAACAAGUUGUUCUUAGGAAUCAUAGGGUUUACCGUUAUUCUUCAAGUGGUGAUGGUGGAGUUUUUGAAGAAGUUUGCCAAUACAGAAAGGUUGAAUUGGGGACAAUGGGGAAUAUGUAUAGGCAUAGCAGCUGCAUCUUGGCCAAUUGGAUGGAUUGUGAAAUGCAUUCCUGUUCCAGAGAGGCCACUCUUCAGCUAUCUCAAGUGGAAGAACUUCAGAUGCAUAUAGAAUCAUCAGAGCUUAGUUACUUGUUUUCUGUUGUAUACAGCUGUAAUUGGUUUCAAUACUUUCACUAUUUAAGGUUGUAUUAGUUAAUUGUUCUCAAUAUAUUAAAAUGCCUUAUAUCAUAUUCUCUCAACUUGAAGACAUACUGGUAACAGUUCAGGAGAUGAAAUCUUAGUGCCUCCUCUGAAUUGCAUUUGCGCACACGAGUCUUAGAAGCGUCCGAUGGUAAUUCACUUCCUGAACUUAAAGAAGGGUGUUUGAUUUUCAUAGGGCUUGCAAGACUGAAAUUUCCAUGUCGACCUCUUGGUGAAGUUAAUAGUCGAAAUAUUGGCAGCAGUAGCUAUCAUGAUGGAGAAGCUGGCAGAACUAGCGCAACUACCAAAAGUCAAUCGUAAUCAACCAUUCAUAAGCUGCAGAAUGUGGAAGAACAUAGCUUUGCAAGCUGUUUAUCAAAUCACAGUUCUGCUGGUCAUACAAUUCCAAGGAAAAUCAGCCUUCAAUCUAAGUUCCAGGGCAAAAGAUAGCAUGAUUUUCAAUAGUCUUGUUGUCUGACAACUUUGCCUCUUGUUAAAUACCAAAGGAAUUGAGGGAAACAUCUUUAACAGGAAGAGAAAGAGGAAAUUGCUUAGGUGCAUAGACUAAAGCACACUGAUCAGUGUAGAGUUCACUGGUACUUUUUCCAUGGAUUUUAGCAUCUGUUUCUACAUUGAAUCUUUAACUUCAUCUCAUUUCAUCUGUACUUAUCCUUGCCACUCUUAGGC